UGUCCACUGGCCCUGGUCGAUGCGGUGACCUCGCGGGUCCACAGCCUUGGUUGACGUUUCGCUAUGCGCGCGCAGUGAACGUGGAAGGAAAACAUGGCGGCGGUCUGGUGACGUUCGUCUCCACUCGAGGGUAUCAAAUGCUCGUGAAAAACAUCUGUCGGCCGUUUCUCGCUUUUUGCCGCGGUAGUUUUCCCCCUUAACGGAAGGUUUGCGCAAAAGUGCGUCCCGAGUGAACAUGAUGAACAUGUGGAAAGUGAGGGAGCUGAUGGACAAGGCGACCAAUGUGGUAAUGAACUAUACAGAAACAGAAGCAAAAGUUCGGGAAGCCACAAACGACGACGCUUGGGGUCCCACAGGGGCCAUGAUGCAGGAAUUGGCACAAGCCACGUUCACAUACGAACAGUUCCCUGACGUGAUGUCAAUGCUGUGGAAACGGAUGUUGCAAGAAAACAAGCGAAACUGGCGUCGCACGUACAAAUCUCUCUUGCUGCUCAAUUAUCUGGUCCGAAACGGUUCCGAACGCGUCGUCACGUCGUCUCGGGAGCAUAUCUACGAUCUUCGAUCACUAGAGAACUACACAUACAUCGACGAAUUUGGGAAGGAUCAGGGGAUUAACAUCAGGCACAAAGUUAGAGAGCUGAUCGAUUUCAUCCAAGACGACGAUAAACUCAGGGAAGAGAGGAAGAAGGCCAAGAAAAAUAAAGACAAGUACGUAGGCAUGUCGAGCGAAGCGAUGGGCAUGAGGUUCGGUGCUGGAGACCGAUGGACGGACAAUCCCAAGUGGACCAAACCUAGCCCCGAUAACUACAAUGAUUGGGACAGAGACAGUCGAGGAAGAGGUUUCGAAGACGCCAAUAACAGCGACGAUGGCGAGAGAGAGGACUCCGAUAACGAAGGCCAUCCGAGUCCAAGAAGAGGUGGUCGAGAGUACAGGGACACCGCAGAGUCUAUAGACCGAAUUGGCAAGACGUCACAGCCCUCCACACCUGCGAACACCUCCCCUGCCAGAAUAGCACGCGCUAUAAAAAAGGUUGAUCUAGGAGCAGCUGCCAAUUACGGGAAAGACCAAUUGAAUGAGGGCACGCCGACCAAGUCCGGUAACCUGAUGUCCUCACCGGUUAAGCAGCCCCAGAAAAGCAAAAACGACAUUCUAAACGACAUAUUCAACUCGCAGAACGAGAAUAACGACGCGCCGGCUACUGAUAACGAUGACUAUGAUGACUUCAACCCAAGGGCGAACAAUUACACUCCGGUCCAAACGCAGAACGUUACUGCGGAAUUUGGCGACUUUGCCAGUGCUUUCGGCACCGGCGCGAGGACGAACGAUAAUGGCGACGAGUUUGCGGAUUUCACGUCGGCGUUUAAUUCUGGAGUGAACAUUUCGCCAGCCCCGCAGGCCCAAAUCUCGCUGAUGGGCGCCACCAUUCCUAGUAUCGGCAACCCUUUGGCGGCCAAUAUGGCGAGCUCGACGCUGAUUGGCUCGCAGCACCCGACCGUGACGUCACCGCCGGCAAAUCUGGCAAGUUCCAAUCUGCUGACGCCGAGCAACAACGCGACCGGCAAUAUAUUCUCACCGUUACCUCCUCAAGGAUUAAACAUGAACAACCAACCGCAGUCGCUCAACAGCUCGAACAAUAAUCAAGCCCUUUCGAACGCGGACCUCCUGACGGAUCUCGACGGGUUCAACUCCAUGCCCACGAUCCCCACCUUGGGUCAGGCGAAUAAUGUGAACGCAAACCUUUUCGGCAUCGCGAGCUCCACGUCCAAUCCUGUGGAUUUCAACACAGAUGGGAGACCCGAAGAGGAGAUGGAUACCUCGAGCCUUGCGGCGAGUCGACUUUUGGACUCGAUUAGUGUGAUAAAGAGCGAAGCAGAGCUUCUACGAGUCAAGUCGAUGAUCACUGAUUAUUCGAGGCACCUGAUGGGGCCGAUGACACCUCAGAGGUACGCAGGAGUGGAUGGUGAACCUGACGUCGAUGCCAUUUUGUAUGGCAGAGUGCUGGAGGCUGUCGUCGAGAGGUUCGAUCCAAAAUGGCCACUCGCAGGCUGCGAGGUAGACCCUGUAGUGAAGAAUCUUUUUGUAGUGGAAGGUGCAAACUGUGUACUCUUCAACGAAGCCCUGCUAGUUCUGACCGAUGCCCUGAAGAGAUUUGAGGACAGGAAAAUUGUGCAUUCUGUCGUGGCGAUCCUGGAAGAGCUGGUGAAGAGCGAUGCACCGUUCUCUGCACUUGUGAACGCAUGUCACGGUGGUGAUGUGGAAUUAGUGGGGAAAUGUGGUAGCGAUGAAGUGGAAGAGUUGACAAAAAGUCGUGACAGGGAUGAUAUGAAGCCGAUGAUAAUCCUUAAAAACGGUGUCUCUUCGGGGUUGCAAAAAGCCAUAGCAGAGCAAAGCUGGCAGGACACCAUCAGGGUCUUGGCCUCUCUGCCUGGCAGAGUGGCGAACAAAUUGCAGAGGAACACUCCGGAUGCCUUUGUUCCUGAAGAGUAUGCUCGCAUUCUAUCGUUCCACAUAUCCAGAGCAGUGGUCUUCAUGGCUGAAGGACUUUCCAAAGUGAAGAUACAUCCGGAUCUAGGAAAACUCUCCACGUUGAUGAGCAAGUUGAUUCUCUCCACGAAUGCGAGUUACUACUCCAGCCUGGUCGAGGUGUUCUCUGAACUGUGUGCGAAGGACUCUUCAGAACCGAGAUUCCUCGUCAGAGACAUUCUUCUUAACUUGGAAAGGCCUAGCGUAGAACCAGUUGCAGUUUUGUUUCUGAAGAAUCACAGAAUAGAUGGAAUCGCUGGAAUGAUUUGUGAGUUACUGAAGAACUCCAACUGGAAAUAUGCGCUGACUGUGAGGAUCCCGAUGAUGUCUUAUUACGAGGAUGACACCUUGAUAGAGAACCUGGUGCAAUGCCUGAAGACUGAUAAGGAGGUUAUAUUGGAGGUCGUCUCAAAGCUGCUGGAUACCUGGGGAAACAGAAGUGCCCUGAAGCACACAACUUUCAACCAGCAUGUGUAUGUCACGAAACUGAUUAUUCUCUCGAUGAGGAACUUGAAGAGCAGCCUGCGAGACUCAGAAUUGGCCACCCUGAAGAGGUCCCUUCUCGACGGUGUGCCUUCUCACCUGGAAUCCAUCGACCCCAUCAUUAGGUACCUAGGCAUGAUAACUGGCGAGAUACUCGUCGACAUGCUAAACGAAUCCAAGGAUGCCCCAAAAUUGACCUUCGAGUACGACCAAGUUACCCCAGAAAUAGCAAAGCUCCUCGAAGACCUGAAGACCCUUGGCACGAAAGGUGGAACCCUGGACAACGAGGGGGAUCUUUGCUUCGGACAUCUUGAGUUUUCUACGAUUGGAUAUAAGAAAAUCUACGAACUUGGGGUACAGUGUAAAAUUAUAAAGGAUUCUGAAGAUGAGCAAAGCUCUUCAGGGUCAGAGGUUGUCGCGGUGAAAGGGGUAGGUGGGAAGUUAGCUGGAGGAGAAUCGAGUGCCAUGAAACCGGUGGUGAGAACGCAGAGUACCAAAGAGGAUUCUGAAGAGCAGGAGUUCGACGAGGACGACUUGGACAGCGAUGACGAAGCGGUCCCUAAAGAUAUCUCCAUUUAUGAAGUCAGGGUCUUGGAGAACAAGAGGCCGUUCUAUCUGAGAGACCUUCUGGACACCUUAACAGGUUCCACCUCGGAUACCAACUCGGUUAUUUUCUCAGCGUGUCUGGAGAACGCCGAAGAGAUGAUAACUUCUCAGCUGCCGAACGACGAUGCAUCCUUCGCAGUUGAGCUCCUGGCGGUCCUGUCAACCCUUGAAGACCGAGUCUACGUGGAGAACUUUUUGGACCUGGUGCUGAGGUCCUGCGUGGCCAUCGUCAAGGUGUAUCCUAAGGAAACUGCAGAGUUCCUGUGCAAGGAGUUCCACGCAGAGAUGACCUCACACCCUGUCAGGCAGAAGGUGUUUUUCCUGAGGAUCCUGGAAGAGGCUGCUAGGAGUCUCUCCGAGGUCCAGGUGGAGGCAGACCCUGAAGAGACCUCUUCGCCUGGAAAACAAGAGCAGAAACCUCCAGCGAAAUCGAUAUCUCUGCUGAUCGAUAGCUCCAGCUUCAGAACCCACGAAGUCCUCUUCGAUGACGAUGACCUCUUCCAGGUGUUUCGCAGCGAAGACUCGAAGAGUGACUGGAGGAACGUCGUCCAGAAGAGGAUCGACUCCAAUACCAGGAGGUUUGCCAGCUCGACGAAGAUAGUGAAGUGCUCUGUGAACAGAUUUGGUGAAGUUGCUUCGUCAUUCUUUUAUCCUUUAGUGUUUGGAUUGGACAAAAGAGGUGGCUUUGGCUUCUUGGUGCCGAUUCGAUACGAAGACCAGGAGAAUAUUCUUCUCGUCAGCUUCUUAAACACCUUGUCAACUAUUGUCGUAGCUGCCAGGAAUUGUUCUCGGGCUGCGAAGAUGGGGAGGGAGCUUCUGGAGCUGGCUUGGACCCUGCGGUACCAUGGCCAGAGCAGGGUCAGGCUCGCCGUCAUCAGGAAUGCUGCUUCUGUGCUUGUGUCCGUGCCUAGUGACAUCGUUGCCCAGGAGAUGCUGGACCUUGUCUUUGAAUUCAAGGCCUGGCUUCUUGAUGUCACUCGCAACACCUUCAAGGGGGAUCCUGACGAUGAGUGUAAACGUGUUGGCAGGAACGUCGUCGCCAUGAUUGACUCUCUUUUCGUCGACCUGUUAAAAUCCUGAUUCCAUUAUUUUUCUAUCGAUCGAUCAAUCAAGAGGUCUCUCUAUUAUGCAUUAAGCAAGAAAAUUAAUUAACUUUAUAAUUGUACUUCAGUGAUAUAUUUUAUAAGUGUGAGAGGGAGUCGAGGCAAAAAUACACUACGAUUACUUAGAUGAGUA